AUGGUGAAAUCUAAGAGGUUCCCGAAGAAGUCUAGGGCGGGCAGGGUGCUGAGGAUGGUGAGGGAGCAUCGUCUGCCAGAUGGCAUAGGUUGGGGGACCUCAGGCUGCACUGAGAGUCACGCCAAGAAGGGAAGAGUCACCUCACUCCAAGAAGAGGAGAGUCCUCUCCAGGAAGAGGAGAUUCACCUGACUCCCAGGAGAGCAGAAUCAGCUCACUCCCAGAAGAGGAGAUCCACCUCCCUGGGAGAAGAGGAGACUCCCUCCAAGAAGAGGAGGGUGCUACUUCCCCCCUCCCGGGCAAUGGAGGUGGAAGGAUGCAUUCGAAUGUAUGAGCAGCUACACAGCAUGAGAGCAAGUCAAGGAUUAAGGCAGAGGCAGGAAGAGCAUGAAAGGCAGGUCAGGGUCCUCUCUGAGGAGGCCUGCCAGCAGCUGAGGCGAUUUGAUGAAGAAAAGUCAUCGCAGCAGCAACAGCACUCUCAGCACCUUGGCCAAGUGGUAGAGGAAAGUGUCCAGGAAGCACAAGGCCAGCAGGACAAGCUGCAGGAAGAACCUGGUCACAGAGGCCAGAUUGUCAGGCUGAAGCUGCGCGAGGCUCCCCAGCAGAGCUGCGGGCACCUAGAACAAGAGGGGCUGGGCAAAGAUGGAGGCCAGGAGCGCUUGAGGCAGAGUCUCUGUGCCCUUCAGGAGGAGGCACUGCAGCUCAACCAGCAACUGCAGCCCAAGCAUCAGCACGAGGACCUGCUCACCAUACAAGUGUCUGCCUACGCAAGCAGAGGAAACCACCUCUGUGCACUCAUUGCGGACAUCAUUGGCACCACCAGCCAGAGAGGCUUUCCUGCCCCACAAGACCAAGCUAGGGCACAGCGUGCCCUGCAGGAAAUGCGGCACCUGCUCAACCUUUCGCAACGGGACAUUGCCAAGGCUGCCCAGCAAAAGGCCGCACCGCACCAAGAGCAGGCCCAGGACAAACGGGCACAAUUAGGGCAGCAGCCAACAGCCCAGAAGGACGCCCCACAUCCUGCUCAGGGUCCAGGAGCCAAAGGCACAGAAGGCCUCCACGGGGAAGCAGGAGACACCACCAUGCAGUGGUACCAGCACUUACAGCAUGCUGCCAGUCAAUGCACUCUGGCUUUUGAGGCAUUAGCCAACAGCAAGGAUCAGCAGGCUAAGAGGAUCAAAAUGGACCUGCAGAAAGCCGCCACUAUUCCUGUGAGCCAGAUCUCUAGCACAGCAGGCCCACAGCUCAAGGAGGUCUUUGACAAGAUCAACAAUCUGCUCCUGGGAAAAGCUGUGCCCUGCGGUGCUCGCGCUGUCUCCCUCACAGACCACCCGCAAGCCUUGGACUUUGUCCAUUACAAGCUGGCAGAGAAAUUCGUCAAACAGGCAGAAGAAGAAGUGGCUUGUCAUCCUGAAGCAGCCUUCCCCAUUGCCCUGGUGGCAGCGGGCAUCUGGGAACUCCACCCCAGAGUGGGGGACCUCCUCCUGGCUCAUCUUCACAAGAGAUGCCCUUACUCCGUGCCUUUCUACCCAGCCUUCAAGGAGGGAAUGGGCCUGCAAGAAUAUCAGAAGCUCCUUGGCUACCGAGUCCAGGAUUCCAAAGUGGAACACCAAGAACUUUUUCUCAAACGCAUGUCGGGCAUGAUUCGUCUCUAUGCUGCUCUCAUUCAACUCCUUCGGCCUCACGCCAAGAGACAGGGGGCUCAGCCUCACGGCUUAAACCAUGGCUGGCGCUGGUUGGCACAGAUCCUGAACAUGGAGCCUCGGCCGGAUGUCACUGCCACU